AUGCCUCGCCGACAACCUCCCGGCCAUACGGUAAAGAAACACAUGGACACACCUCGUCGGGUACGGUUUUUUGAAGCUUUUGAGCGCAAGGGCGAGCGAACGGCGCGGGACAUCUUUAAAGACUUUAAUAUACACCCCAGCACCGGUUACAAGCUCCUCCACGAUCGUGAGCGUUACGGCGACCUUGCUGACCGCCGUGAGAAGUUCAGAAAGCAAAAACAACAGAUGCGCGGAACCCGGCAGGGCCCCAAGCCCAAGAGCUCCGGUGAACAGCCCAAGUCCAAAAGCUCUGGUGGACAACCCAAGCCCAGAAGCUCCGAUGAACAGCUCCACAUGCCCGAGACUACCGUGAUAUCCAAUACCCAAGAAGCUCCAAUCGUUCAUGGCAUCUCUGUGACCGUUCACGGCGUCUCUGUGACACCGCUGACGCAAUGCGCUCACUGGCACUCUCCGCUCGACAUCAUCGCCAUCAAGCACUUCUGCUGUCAAAAGUUCUACGCUUGCAUCAGCUGUCAUGACGCCUGCGAAACACACAUGUCUUUUGUCUGGCCUUUUGCGCGAAGAGACGAGAGUGCAAUACUAUGCGGACAGUGCAAGCACAUUCUGACUAUUUCCGAAUACAUGGAGAGCGGAAGCAAAUGUACGCAAUGUGCGAGCGCAUUCAAUCCAGGUUGCAAAAAUCACUGGGAACUAUACUUUGAGCUUAAGGGAAAGCCCUGA